AUGGAGGUGAAAGAGAAAUCACAGCCAUCGCGUAAUUGUCAAUUGUUGCCGGUCCCGCAGGGUCACUUCUUAGAAUAUCCAUACUACGGAAGCAGUGCUCGUGGAAGAUACCGUUGCAAGGAUAUCAUAGAUCAACAACCGGUCACCAGCUGUCCACUCGUUCUGUGUAAUGAUUCACAAAACUUGACAGCCACACCUGCAUCUUGUUCGGUGAAAGAUGUUUUCAACAAUAGUCUGGAUGAUUACGUGGGCGGUGUUUCCUGUACCGUACGGGGCGUGCCAUGUCAGAGGUGGGAUAGCGACACACCUCAUGUACCUCAUUUCUACCGCGGUCGGAGUGAUCUCGGAAAUAGAUGUAAACUGUACAGCGAGCAGCGCCCCUGGUGUUAUACAACUGAUCCGAAAAUGAGAUGGGACUACUGUCCCGUGGAAGACAUUGAUUGCGGAACCCCGCCAACUAUUUUGACACCGCCUACCAUGACAGGAACUGGGAUCUACACAGAAAGGCCAUAUCGAGGCUCAAUCGCACUGGCAUGGUACCGAUGUGCAUCCUUGGUAACAGCAGAACCCCUGCAGCAUUGCCCCUUGACACGCUGCGACGGAGACCUUACAUGGUCGCAAGCAAACAUUUCCUGUUCUUGUAAUGAUUGCUAUGACGUCAAAGAUCAGAUCUACCAUGGUCGAGUAUCCUGUACACAGACAGACAUUGCCUGUCAGCGAUGGGACAGUCAAACCCCACACCACCAUUCGAUACUGAAAGGUCGCAGUGACCUUGAGAACUGGUGUCAGCUGGCUGAUGGAGAGGCGAGGCCCUGGUGUUAUACUGUUUCAUCAUAUAAAAGAUGGGACUACUGUCCUGUUGUGGAAUGUUCGUGA